AUGGCUCCGUCGCAAGCGCCUUUCCUUUAUAGCGCCGUAUCGAACGAUUCACGCUUCCCAGAGCCCAAGUUUGAUCCCAAGGCUGUCACAAGAGCAAGCUGGCAAGCUCCCAAGCCGCGAAAGAAACAGAAUGGACCUCUUGUUUCAUUCAACAGACAUCCUGAUAUGCACGAGGUUCUCACCUACAGAACCAACGAAUAUUCUUCUAUGAGCCCUCGCAGCAAAAGUUUCAUCAAAUGGCUUCGACAUGGACAAUCCGUGCUCCGCGUACUGCAACUCGUUGCGGCUCUCGGUCUACUCACUCUGAUGAUUCUCAUUGACAAAGUCCCCACCAUUGAGGGCUGGAUCAUGAGAAUUACUCCUGGUAUCGUGGUUUUGCAUUGUAUCUAUGGCAUCUGGCAUCUAUCUCACGACGCUGCAGCACGCUCGCCUGGCUCUUCCGCAUCGUAUCAGCUCUUUAGCGGUGUCACUGACCUUGGUGUUGUACCUCUGUACGCUUUUGGAGCCCUAUCAGUGCGUACCAAGAGUGAUGUAUGGAUUACUCGCCUCUCGGACCAAGCCCUCAUGGAGACUUUCAAGCCUGUACUCUUCUAUACCUUUACCGUGUCGGGUGGACUCCAUCUCAUCAGCCUGGCCAUUGCAGGUUGGCUGGGCUUUAUGUUCCGCAAGAUCAGCUUGAUGCCUCCUGACAUGAACCCUCUUGAGAGCCAUCUUACUGCUCGACCCAAGCACAAGAGGAACAAGUCUUCUGUUACGACCACCAGUACUAUGGACGACCCCCGGAUGUCUAUGGCUACAACUGUCCGCCGAGAGUCUCUUGUUCCACAGGAAGGCAUCCACGACGGCAUUGAACCACCUCGCGCAAUCCCUUUCACCCACACCCGCAACGGCUCCAGUACCACGGUUGGCACCAGAGACUCUCGAACUAGAUUCCCACCAAGCCCACAGCAUCAGAGACCCCCUACAACUCCUCGCCGUGAGCGCAGAGACUCCGCGACAUCAAGGGCCACAACCCGUACUUCUGCUACUCGUUCAGUCUACUACGAUGCGUACAGUGAGAUCCCUCUUGAUGACCAGGCCGGCUCUCGUCCAUCAAGCAGCUACAGAUGCAACCAGCCUCGCCCUGCCAAGUUCACUGAAACCUGGAAGCCUACGGACUCGCUCAUCUCCCGAACAAACCAACGCAACCGAGAAAUGGAAGCAGCAAGGACGAGUGCGGCCAAUCGACAGAACAAGUCAUAUGAAGCCUUGGCUCAACGAUACGUCCACGACGACUCCGAUGAGGAAUAUGGCGAUGAGAACAAUCCGUCUUACGACUUGGGUGCUGAUGAUGAUCUUCGACCUCACCCUCUCCGCCUGAACCCUCCCUCCGAGAAGCGAGAAAGCCCCUCUCCCCCUCGAGCCAAGACACCUUACUUCCCCUUCAAGUUCAAGGAUUCUUUGACGGAUAUCAGCUCAAACGCAAGACGCGUGAGCGCGAGCAGAGAUAUCGCUGAUGAGAAGCCAGCUUUUGCUCCCCAGAACCGCCAGAGCUCUAUCCAGCCUGAGGCUGCUUUCUAUGCCAGAUCAUAUGGCGAGCUUACAAGUGGCACGCCCCCUGUUAUGGUUGGCAACGACACUCGCAAAGUGUCGACCGGUAACGAUUACAACCAGCAUACUUCGAAACCGUACGGGCGUCGUAAUGUCAGUGGUAAGAUGGCGGAGGAGGGACGGGCAGCGGGAAACAACUUUUCAUUCCUUGAUGGACGCAACCCGCUUGCGGAGAGGAGAUGA